AUGAACUCACUGAGACUAAUGCAAACCCUUAUCAUCAAAUUGUUGAGCUCAAAGUCUCACCUCAGUAUCCAUCUGUCGAGGGUCAAGAAUAUCAUUAUGCAAAAUUCCACCAUAUCUGUGCAACAGGCAGUACAAGAGCCAUGGCAAUCAGCCUCGACAAGUGUGUCUGGAUAUCCCUCUGGACACAACACAAACCUCGACGAAGAAGCUCCCCGGUCGGCAUUUUCCAUUAUCGAACCCCCAGCCGAGCUAUCCACACUGACCACCCAUCUCACCGGUCAUAGUACCGAUGAGACAUUCCCAGACGGAGGACUGCAAGCAUGGUGUGUUGUGAUGGGGUCAUUUUGUCUCUUGAUGGGUACAUUCGGCGUGAUGAAUACGACCGGAAUUCUGCAAAAUUACUUCGCUACUCACCAGCUAGCGAGCUACUCGCCUAGUGCAAUCGGCUGGAUUCCGGGACUGUUCACCUUCUUUGGCCUGGGUGUUUCUGUCCAGGUUGGGCCGAUGUUUGAUCGAUAUGGGCCUAGGACGAUUCUGAUCACUGGUACUGUAUGCUAUGUGGCUGGUCUUCUUCUCCUUGCUGAAAGCCAUCUUUACUGGCAUUUUGUUCUUACUCUUGGUGUUCUCUCUGGAACUGGUGCCGCGCUCUUGAGCACGGUGGCGUUGGCCAGUGUACCUCAAUGGUUCGAUCAAAAGGCAGCUCUUGCUAUUGGGAUUUCGAUGUCGGGUGCGGGACUCGGUGGUGUGGUGCUUCCCUUUGUGCUCAGAGCCGGAUUCACCAAUUUGGGAUAUAAGUGGACGAUUCGAUUGCUGGCUUUUCUGGUGCUGGUAUUGUGUAUGGUUGGAACAGUUCUGGUGAAGGCACGUCUUCCGAAGGGCAGAAGUAAAUCAACUGUCAACCUGCGUUCUUUGCAAGAUCCAAGGUUUACCUGGCUGACAUUGGGCAUCUUUGCUCUCGAGUUGGAGGUUUUCGCUGGCAUAGGCCUUUAUCCAACCUAUGUUAUUAUGCAGGGGUUUUCUACCAAUACCAGUGUCAUUCUUCUCGCUGUUCUAAAUAUAGCCUCCACGGUAGGACGUUUGGGGGCCGGAGGUGUGGCUGAUCGGUUUGGCAGAAUCAACACGCAGACCGCACUUAUUGCUGUGGGUGCAUUUGCAGUGUUUGUGAUCUGGCUCCCCUUCGGUAAUUCCCUGGCAGGACUUUACAUGUUCUCGGUUAUCUUUGGGCUUGCUUCAGGAUCAUUUCUGAGUCUUGCACCGGCCUGUAUUGGGCAGAUCUCCAAGGCGAGCGAGGUCGGUGGAAGGUUCGGGCUGACAUAUUCUAUUGUCAGUUUUGCCACACUAAUCUGUAUCCCCAUUGGCGGUGAGAUGCUUGACAAAGUCGGGAAGAGAGCCAUGGUGGCUUAUUUGGGAAGUGUUUUGAUAGUCUCACUUGGUUUGUUCGUGAUGGCGAGAUGGGCCUGUUUGAGCUACCGGUGGAGGUGGCAGGCAAAGAUCUAG